GACUGGCUGAAACCCACCUUCGUACCCAAUGUUUCCUCAUUCCCUCUGUUUGGGGAAAUAUUUUUACUGGAAAAUUUUUCCUAUAAGCCUCUUAGCAGGAUCGUGUUGUAACAUCAACAUGGUUUUCUAUCCGUCAAUUGUAAGGUAAUGAAUGUUUUCAAAUUGGGCACCAGCUGUUCGAUCAAAUUCCUCACCGGGUUGCAAGUAACUUGUUAUCCAAUUUAGAGUUCAAGUUUCGAGUUUUGAGCAGGGAAGGCUGAACUCGAUGAGCAUAAGGUGGCCAAGGGUUUUAACUCCCACCCACCUCUCACAGAUUAUAAGGAGUCAAAAAAACCCGCUAACAGCUCUCCGAAUCUUCAAUGAAGCCAAAGAGAAAUACCCCAGUUAUCGUCACAAUGGUCCUGUUUAUGCCACCAUGAUUGACAUUCUGGGGAAUUCAGGUAGAAUGUCCGAGAUGAAAGAUGUAAUUGAUCAGAUGAGAGAGGAUUCUUGUGAAUGCAAGGAUUCUGUGUUUGUGAGAGUUAUCAAGACCUUUGCUAGUGCGGGGAUGGUGAAUGACGCUGUGAAGAUGUUUAAGAGCAUUCCGAAGUUCAACUGUGUCCACUGGACUGAAUCUUUCAAUACCCUUUUGGAGAUAAUGGUUAAGGACUCUAAUCUUGAGUCUGCUCAUCGUCUCUUUGUGAAGCAUUCUUGUGGGUGGGGUGUGAAAUCUCGGGUUCAGUCUUUGAAUUUGCUGAUGGAUGCGCUUUGUCAGUGUAAGCAGUCUGAUCUUGCAUUAAAUAUCUUUCAAGAGAUGGAUUUUCAAGGUUGCUAUCCUAAUAGGGAUAGCUAUCGGAUUCUGAUGAAGGGGUUGUGUCAAGAUGGGAGAUUAAAUGAAGCCAUUCAUUUAUUGUACUCAAUGUUUUGGAGGAUUUCUCACAAGGGUAGUGGUGGUGACAUUGUGAUUUACAGAACCCUAUUAUAUGCUCUGUGUGAUAAUGGGAAGGUUGAAGAGGCUGUAGAAAUUCUUGGUAAGAUUUUGAGGAAGGGGCUGAAGGCUCCAAAGCGAUGCUGCCACCAACUUGAUCUUUCUCAGUGCAGCAAUGGUGAAGAUAUAGAAGCCACUAAACGUUUGAUUAAUGAAGCUUUGAUAAGAGGUGGAAUUCCUAGUAUGGCUAGCUAUAGUGCCAUGGCUGUUGAUCUUUAUGAUGAAGGCAGAAUUGAUGAGGCUGAGAAAGUGCUUGAUAACAUGAGACAUAAAGGCUUUUGGCCGUCUUUGUCAAUAUAUGAGGCAAAGGUGGCAGCAUUGUCUAGGGAAGGCAGAGUCAGUGAAGCAGUGAAGGUAAUUGAAGAGGACAUGAAGGAAGGAAACUGUGUUCCAACCAUUAGGUUGUAUAAUACUGUCUUAAAAGGUCUUUGUGAUGCAGGGAGUUCAGUCUUGGCAGUUGGAUAUCUGAAGAAGAUGGCCAAGCAGGUUGGUUGUGUUGCCAACAAAGAAACUUAUGGCAUUCUAGUGGAUGGUUUGUGUCGAGAUGGUAAAUUUCUUGAAGCCAGUCGAGUCUUGGAGGAAAUGCUGAUUAAAUCAUAUUGGCCUUGUGCAAAGACAUAUAGUAUCCUUAUAUCGGGUCUUUGCUCGAUGGGUAGGCAAUAUGAAGCUGUUAUGUGGUUGGAAGAGAUGGUUAGCCAAGGUAUGCUACCUGACCUUUCCAUAUGGAAUUCCUUGGUUGUAUCUGCAUGUUGUAAAAUGAGCAACACUGAUGUUCGCUAUGAGUUAUUUACGCGAUUAUCAGUACAUAGCUCGUCUUGAUGUAGUUGGUAAAUAUGUCAUUUCUGCUUUACAUCUUUGAUCUAGCGUAUUUUAUUUGG